CGCGGCAGCGCCGGAGCCAGAGCCUCCCUGCGGCGGGCGGAGGACGAGCGGGCGCGCGCGGGCGCCGGGCUGGGUCCGCGGCCUCCGCACGGCGAAUGGAUGUGCCCGGCCCGGGGUCCCGGAGGGCGGCGGCGGCCACCGCGCUCCUGCGCUCGGCCCGCGUGCCCCGCGGGGGCUGGUUCCUGCCCACCGCGCUGCUGUGCGCCUACGGCUUCUUCGCCAGCCUCCGGCCGUCCGAGCCCUUCCUGACGCCCUACCUGCUGGGGCCCGACAAGAACCUGACGGAGCGGGAGGUCUUCAAUAAAAUUUAUCCAGUAUGGACUUACUCUUACCUGGUGCUACUGUUUCCAGUGUUCCUUGCCACAGACUACCUCCGUUACAAGCCUGUUGUUUUGCUGCAGGGACUCAGCCUUAUUGUUACAUGGUUCAUGCUGCUCUACGCCCAGGGACUGCUGGCCAUUCAGUUCUUGGAAUUCUUCUAUGGCAUCGCCACAGCCACUGAAAUUGCCUAUUACUCUUAUAUCUACAGUGUGGUAGACCUGAACAUGUACCAGAAAGUCACAAGUUACUGUCGGAGUGCCACCUUGGUGGGCUUUACUGUGGGCUCUGUCCUGGGGCAAAUCCUCGUCUCCAUGGCAGGCUGGUCCCUGUUCAGUCUGAAUGUCAUCUCUCUUACCUGUGUUUCUGUGGCUUUUGCUGUGGCCUGGUUUCUGCCUAUGCCACAGAAGAGCCUUUUCUUUCACCAUGUUCCUUCCACUUGCCAGAGGAUGAAUGGCAUCAAGGCACAAAAUGGCGGCAUUGUAACCAACACCUCAGCUUCUAACCACCUUCCUGGGUGGGAGGACAUUGAGUCAAAAAUCCCCCUAAAUAUGGAGGAGACGGAGCCCCAGCCAGACCGUCUCCUCGUGCUGAAGGUCCUGUGGAAUGACUUCCUGAUGUGUUACUCCUCUCGGCCGCUGCUCUGCUGGUCUUUGUGGUGGGCCCUCUCCACCUGCGGCUAUUUCCAAGUGGUGAACUACACACAGGGCCUGUGGGAGCAAGUGAUGCCCUCUCACAGUGCUGCUAUCUACAACGGGGGCGUGGAGGCCGCGUCCACCCUCCUGGGUGCCGUUGCCGUGUUUGCAGUGGGUUACAUCCAAAUAUCCUGGUCAACGUGGGGGGAGAUGAUGCUGUCUCUGUUUUCCCUGCUGAUUGCUGCCUCCGUGUAUGUCAUGGAUACGGUGCACAACAUCUGGGUUUGCUACACGUCCUAUGUCAUCUUCAGAAUCAUCUACAUGUUACUCAUCACCAUAGCAACUUUUCAGAUUGCUGCUAACCUCAGCAUGGAGCGCUAUGCCCUUGUGUUUGGUGUGAACACCUUCAUUGCUCUGGCCCUACAGACACUGCUCACUCUCAUCGUGGUGGAUUCCAGCGGCCUUGGCUUAGACAUUACCACUCAGUUCCUGAUCUACGCUGGGUAUUUUGCACUCAUCGCUGUGGUUUUCCUGGCUAAUGGUACAGUUAAUAUUCUGAAGAAAUACAGAAAGCAAGAAGAUGCAGAAUUGAGUUCUCAAGUAACCACAUCAUAAUACACUGAUGAUAAGCUGCUUCUUAUAGCAAAAAUUCUGCACAGCAACUGUGCCUGGAUGUAUUUAGUGUUUUAAUAUGUAGAUGUAUAUUUAUGAAUGUGCUUUUUAAGGCUUCAAAGCAGCCAACUGACUAGACCUUGUGUUCCUAGAGUAACGAUACUGUUUAGAGGAGCCAGAGGUGAAGUUUAUCUCAUGGAUUAUUUAUGAAAGCUAAUAUAAGGAUUACUUUCUUCUGAUUCAGAAGUGAACUUGAUUUUGAAAACCAAGUAAUAAGAGCAUUCGAGCAACCACAUGGCAUUUGUACUUGGGAUAGCGAGUGAGUUUGGUGUUCGGUAGGUCAAGUUAUUU